CGAGCCGAGAUUCCGGGCAGAGGGUACCAAAACUGCUCCAUCACCACGACAUCCGCCCCUUUACCGUUCCACUCCAUGUGGACCAACCCCAGCAUAACCAGCCCAUUCAGCUUCCAGCUCAGCGCGUUUUCCGUGCCUCGUGAGUCACCGGCGCCACCUCCACAUACAUGGGACUUAACUCGUGGGGAAUCAAACAAGGGCGUGUACUCCAUGGCGCCGAAUCUCUUCCCUAUGAGCAUACCCAAUAAUCAACACUCGGAGCUAGUCAACCGGUUGUCCCGGGCUCCUCUAUACCCGACACACCCCGCGACAACUUCCGUUCCUUCCCUGCUUCCCCCGUACCCCAGCAGCGCCAACCACGACAUGCAGUCUCUGAUUGGAGGGUUCCAGUACCCAGGCAUGCUCUACCCCGAGAGUGUCUACCCAAACGGGUCACUCCCAUCCCAAGGGAUGAUCUUCUUACCACCCCACCCGUACCUGUUUCAUCAGGUCCCUUACCUAUCCAUGAUCCCUAACUUAAACUACAUGCAAAUCAAACCAGAGCAUCCAGACCCGGUCACACCAACUGAUCUAAAACCUUCUGUUCCGAGUUUACAGUUACCCCAGUCUUCAUUCACACCGACACCAGACACAAUUUCUCUAAAGAGCGAGAUGAAGUACGAAGAACCGACCAAUCAACAGCCUCUAAAGUUCACGCUAAAACCUAAAAUGUCGGGCGGGGAGGAUUUCAUCGACCCGACGAGACUGAAAUUCGGCGUUGACGACGAGGGGACGGACGAAGAGUUGGUUAAAAUAGAAGACAACAGCGACACAUCAGAUGAGGAAUGGCAGCCAAGUAAAAACAUCGGGAAAACAAAACUAGAUCAAGACAGCGGCAGCAUGGACGAAGACGAGGCGACGAGAAGCCCGGUGAAGAAAGCCAGGAAGAAAGGAAGAUCCAUGAAGCACUCAGUCGAGUGCCCAACGUGCGGUAAGGUGUUUCGUGGUGAGUACCACCUUCGUCGUCACCUCAUGUCUCACAGCGAGAUCCGCCCCUACCAGUGCCAACAAUGUAGCAAAAGUUUCAAGCAAAAGGCCCAUCUACACGGCCAUAUGAACGUCCACGAACGGGCUUUAAAGAUAAAAAAAGGCGAGAUUAGUGGUUCUAGGAAAAAAUCCAAAUCUGACACCGCGAAAAGUCCAGGCCGGCCCAGAAAACCUUACACGGAGAAAGAUCUGUCUUGUAAGGAAUGCGGGAAGGUGUUUAAAACUAUUUAUAGAUUGAAAAGACACGAGCAAUCCCAUACGGAUGUUCGGCCUUUUCUGUGCCGAGUGUGCGGGAAGGGCUUCAAGCAGACUGGCCACAGGAACGAACACGAGGCCAACCACGAGAAGACGAAGAAACGCUUCCUGUGCAACAUGUGCGGGGUGGUGUUCCGCUGCCGGUCCUCCUUCAACAACCACAUGCGCACCCACGGGAUGGAGAAGCAGCGGCUGCUGCAGCCACGGGAUGACGCGGGGGAGGUCACCCAGUCGGGCUACGACUGUCCCUACUGCCCGGACAAGUUCGCCACGGCGCAGGCCCUCAACAGCCACCUGGAGACGCACGUCGAGGUCCUACACCGACGCCACGUCCAGCCCUACAGCUGCGACGUCUGCAAGAGGACCUUCACCUACCGUCACAACCUUCUCAAGCAUAAACUCAUCCACAAAGCGCCAGAGAAAUAUGCCCAGUACUAUAAAGAAAAAAUAGAAGCUCACGUAGCAAGCGGGAAACCGUCCUAUGGCUGUACUUUAUGUUCCAAAGUGUUCAUAAGGAAAGAAACCCUCGCUAAACAUGCUAAGCUUCACUCGGGCAACAAACCUUUUAAAUGCAACAUCUGCAAUCGCGAUUUCUCCCAAAAUGUUCAUCUCAAGGUCCAUAUGAGAAAACACACCGGAAGUCGACCUUUUGAAUGCAACGACUGCAAAAAGAAAUUUAUCGACAGCACAGGCCUGGCAAAGCAUAUCGAGAACGAGGCUUGCAACUCUGAGAACGUGAUGUACCGGUGCCAGCUGUGCGAGAAGCGACACUUCUACCUGGGCAGCAUCAAGCUGCACAUCAGGAAGGACCACAACGUCCACUCGGACGAGAACGUCGAGAGGUGGAUCCAGAGUUCCCAGCGCGUCAGCCGGCGGAAGAGCACCGUGGACACGGAGAGGUUCAAGUGCAACAUCUGCUUGUGCAGCUUCACGGAGAAGUGCAACUUGGUGCGGCACGUGAAGAAGAAACACGCGGACCUGGUCGAAUUGCUGAACACCGACCAAACGACUAGCAGAUCCCUCGAACAGUCUGACCCUCCCUCGGCGUGCAUUUCCACCAAGUAUUCCGAAACCAGAAGUUCCGCAUCCCAGUCGGGAAUUUCCGAAAAGGAGUCUUCAAAUUCAUUUCCAUCUAGCCAGUUAGCGGAAGCAGACGACGAUUCCAGACAGCUGAUGAUUGAUGAACAUGUAGCAGUAGAUAAUAAAUGCCCAGCCACUGAGGGUAUAGCGAUGGAGGAAGACAACAAACACACGGAGUCUCGAGCUUUAGGCAACAACUUCAGAGGAAUCGAAGAAGAUGCGCACGUGAGUAACGCAAGCCACGAGACAACGCGUCACCCCUUCGACAAAACAGGGGCGAUAAUAGAUGAUUGUCACAAAGAGGACUGCCAUGAUGGUCUGCUUCAGGGUUUCCGUAAAACCGAAUUUAACACGGUUGAGCUGUGCCGGUCAGUGUGCUGUGACCGGCUAAAAGAUGAUGGCUGUUUAGCUAAUCCAGUAGAGCUAACAUCAGAGUUUGGGUAUCCGGAGGAGAAAACACCGACCGAACCUACAGAGGGGAAUUUCUUGUACAACUUUGGACUUAUCGUUUCUGCUAAAGCAAGAAAAAGGGAAGACGUGCAUUACGGCUGCCCGGGGGAAUGUGGAAAAGACAAAACACAUGGGAAUGCAGGAGACGCCCCUGCUUCCACAGACUGUAAAGAAUGUAGGAAUGUUCGAUGUGAGUCACAAUGUACAGAGUACAGGCAAGCAGACGAUUGCUGUGUCAUAACGGAACUCGACACGGUUAAAGGGCAAGGUCGUAUAACAGAAGCCUAUGUACAACAGCUAGGCGAGAACACCACGCCCUGCUUGUCAACCACAGAUAACUACAUGAAUCAAACCACGCCCACUUUAACUGAUCGCGUUCAUCGACUGCACAUCGCUGAUGGUACAUUGGUAGAUGCCGACUUAGCCUCAAACCGUCACACUUCUUACAACGCUCACGUUAACCCAUUCGCUAUAUGUUCCAACGGAGACAAAAGUUACUCAACUCUCGUACCCUUAACCACGCAAGUUAUCUCCCCAGCACAGAGUCAUCUAAAACUGACCACAGGCCAAGCUAGAGAAUGGACAAUCCAACCUUCUGUUCUUAGUCUGCCGUUUAACAACGGUGAUACAGUAAACAGAACUUCAAGUUUCAAAUCGAAAAACCAUCACGAAAACGAGCCCGGAUCUAAACGAAAUUAUUUAUCGAAUCCCGAACCACAACCAACCUCCAGCGAUUGUACCCUCGCUAAAGCUUCAAACUCACUGGAUGCGAGAACCAAUUGCACUUUACCUCAAGCACUCUCAGAAACAUCCAAUAAACUUGGUGGGAAUUUACAAAGUCUGGAAAAAACAGAAGAAAAGAUUGAAGGCAGUAGUCAGGAGAAGCCGGACGCUCAACAUUCAAAGACUGAAAAGGAAGAAUAUGAAUCAUGCCCAACUCUGUCUCACCUGGACUAUCUGGGACUUUUAGCCUGCAAGGAUGCCAGAGAAAUUGAAAGAAAAACGUAUCCCUCGAAAACUGUUUACGAUACCAACAAAGCGUGGUUAGAAGAUUUGAUUUUAAACUCUAAAACGAAACAAAGAAAGGUUAAAGUUCAUCCUUCGAAAGAAGACCCAACUCCUCAAGUGAACGAGGGGACGGUGAUAGAAAAAGUAGAAUCGGUGACAAUAAAGGUUAACUUGUCAAAAGACGCGGCUAGCAACACAAAUGAACCGAGCAUCUUCAACAAAAAAUGGCGGAGAAGAAACAAAAUUCCCCAACAGCUAAAAAUAGAACAGGAGGUCUCGCCCCGGAAGUUGAAGACACCCGACUCUACCAUCACUCAAGAUGACAAGUCUCUCUCAAUACAGACCGAUAACUUCGCUAAAAUUGAAUUGCCAAACUUAUCUCCCCUGCAAGGAGAUUUGAAUGGGUGGGCAUUAGCUCAGCCAAUUCUCUUCCCUCCGACAAAUUCCUUACUCGCUUUAGACUCCACGACCCAAACCCCCACGCCAUCCUCCGUGCAGGUGUUAGAUCCUCACCAACCCACCACCACCACCACUAACAUCAUCACCACCUCCCCUUGCUCAACAUCAACCACUGGAACCAUGACAACAACAUGGCCGGCACAGAAAGCUCCUCCCCAUCCACGCCCACCCAGCACCGCCGGGGUCUCCCCGCCCCUGACGCCCGACUCCACGACGAAAAUAAGGAACCACUUCCCGUGUUUGGUGUGUGCCAAAGUCUUCAGUGCCAGACACCAGCUGAAACGUCACGAGAUGACUCACACAGACUUUAGACCUUACAACUGCGACAAGUGUGGGCGGGCAUUCAGACAGAAGGUCCACUUGAGUGACCAUAUCAAGCGUCACCAAGGCCAGCGUCCCUUCGCCUGUAGUGGCUGUGGCAAGAGGUUUGUGCUGAAGAAUGAGAUGAACCAACACAUCAAGAACCACUGCAGGGGCGCCACGGACGCCCUGAGUUACCAACAUCUAGAGUCAAAUGACUUCAACUUGGAGAAAGAUGACUCGAAUGGUGUAAAGACCGCCAUCGUCCACCCUCAAUCAGAAAACCUGGAAGGUCUGUCUGUGUUUGAGCAUCCUUACAAGGAAGACUUGCCCAGAUGUGUUGUUAACAUGAAUGAACCUAUGGCUGAACAGUGUGAUCCAAUCAAACCAUCAAGUCCCUGUGUCAACAUUUCUCAUUUUCUCAACCAGACUAAUGGUAUGAAGGCCUGUAGUGAGAGAAACACAUCAGAUAACUAGCAGACAUUGAUCUUACUUGCUGUAUUUCAGGAAAGAGAUGUCCAUGUUGUAAAGAUUAUGCUCAGGUAAUUAAUGUCGUUUGUAAUAAUUAAAAGUUUAGUCUAAAGCUUAUUAUCUGUAAAAACAAGUUAAUUCUUUUUCAUUUUUAGGCUUUUUUAAUAUCCAUGUUAAAAGUUAAAUAUCUAAAGUAAAGUGUUACAGCUAUUUCUAUCACUGGUCUAUUGUUCUUUUGUAAAUUUUUCUUUUAACUUCACCACUCUUCAGUUUUGGACUUUGUCAUUAUUUUAUCAUCUUUGUUAAAGAACUAGUCUUGUGAGGAUGUAUGCACACUAAUUAUGUAGAAUUUGGAGGAUGUGAAGAACUAAUUAUUGGUGAAAAACAAUGUAAUUCAUGUAUGAAUUCAUAUACCUAAAAUUUUGGUUACUGUAAUAUAUUAAUUUGCAAAGUUGUAAUAUUCUGUUAACUUUUCAAAAUCUCACGAAUUACUAUUAAAUCUUUGUAAUUGGCGAUAGAUAUAAUUUAGAACUUCUUUAUAUGAAUGUGAUAAAGAUUGAAGUUUUAAUGCAAUUGCUUCUGUGUGUAGUUCGAUUGUAUUAAGCUACACAUUGUAUUAGUGCAUAUUGUGUUCACUCAAAGCAGCAUUAUAAAUACAUGUAUCUCAAAUACAAUUUAUAUUUAUGCCAAAGAUAUUUUUAUUUUUUAAAAAGAGUUUUAAUUUUAAAAGAUUUGCUUUUUCUCAU